AUGGCUGUUUUGAACACAUUUGUCAUGCUCUUCGCAGCCCACGUGCUGCUGUUGCUCGGCCUUCCGGCCGGGCUAGUCUCUGCUGUUCCCAUGAAGGGGGGCUUGGAAGCCCGCGGGGAGUUGAAGGCUCGCGACUCGACCUACUGGGUGGCUGAUAUCACACGUCAAGGAACUGUGCCCUUUGGUAACAGCUCGAGCUAUCAGAUUUUCCGCAAUGUCAAGGACUUUGGUGCUACUGGUGAUGGUUCCACUGAUGACACCGAUGCUAUCAACAAGGCGAUCUCCUCCGGCAACCGUUGCGGCCAGGGCUGCGAUUCCUCGACUACAACCCCGGCUCUUGUGUACUUCCCUCCCGGCACAUAUGUUGUAUCCACGCCCAUUGUGCAGUACUAUUACACCCAGCUCGUUGGCGAUGCCAACCAGCUCCCUGUACUCAAGGCGUCUGCCAGCUUCACUGGUAUGGCUGUGAUUGAUGCGGACCCCUACACCAACACUGGCGCCAAUUGGUAUACAAACCAGAACAACUUCUUCCGUGCCAUCCGCAACUUUGUCAUUGACCUCACCGCCAUGCCCCAAUCCUCCGGUGCCGGUAUUCAUUGGCAAGUUGGCCAAGCCACCAGUCUGCAGAACAUCCGGUUCGAGAUGAUCAAGGGAGGAGGUGACGCCAACAAGCAGCAGGGUAUUUUCAUGGAUAAUGGAUCUGGCGGCUUCAUGUCUGAUUUGACUUUCAACGGUGGUAACUAUGGUGCCUUCCUGGGUAACCAGCAGUUCACGACCCGCAACCUGACUUUCAAUGAUUGUAACACUGCCAUUUACAUGAACUGGAACUGGGCCUGGACCUUCAAGUCUGUUACCAUCAACAACUGCGGUGUCGGUCUAAACAUGUCCGCUUCUCCCUCGAACCAGACUGUUGGCUCCGUCUUGAUGCUGGAUAGCAAAUUUACCGGCACACCCAUUGGUAUUGUGACUGCCUUCAGCUCUGACAGUAUUCCUACCGGUGGUGGCGCUCUUGUUCUCGAUAACGUUGACUUCACUGGUUCCAGCGUCGCUGUGGCCAGUGUUUCCGGCAGCACGAUUCUGGCGGGUGGCUCUGUCGUCGACAACUAUGUCCAGGGUAACGCCUACACGCCCUCCAGCACGCUCAAGAAGCGCUCGCCUGCUGUUGAAGUUAUUGUGGAAACUAUCACCACGACCAUCGAGGUUUGUCCUGCGGAUUACCCGACCGGAUCUGCAGCCUCCGCCUUCCACACGGCUGCGACUGAAGCUACACUCAAUGGUGCCGAGGCCACUGCUGCCACUGACCGUCGCCCUCACACUGGUAGCACCUGGGGUAGCUCUGAGAGCACUGCCACCGGUCAGUACUCGCCUUCCGUUGUGGAGACAUCUGCAUCACAGCCGACUAGCUACCAGUCUGGGUCUGAUGCCGAGGAGUCUUCACCCGCCGGCGGAUCAUCCGAAUCAGCCGCUCAGCAAUCUUCUCCUGCCGGUGACUCUUCUGCAUAUGGCUCUCAGUCAAACUCUGGCGCGCAGCAAUCCUCUCCGGUUGGUGAAUCUGCGGGCUCGAGUGCCCAGCAGUCCUCUGCUGCCGGCUAUUCUGCCAGCACGACCCAUGUUCAAGGCUCAUCUGCCGCUGCUGCUACGUCCGCGGCCGCCUCGUCUCCUCAUGCUUCUGGUUCUUCCGGAUCUGGUACCUGUGCCUACAAGACGGUCACCAAGACUCGCCUCGAGACCACUGUGGCAUCCCCAGCCAAGCCCAGCGCCCUUUUGAACAGUGACGGUUCCCUGUUCGAGAAGUCCAAGCCCUUGUAUGAGGACUACGCUGCUUCCUCCUUCAUCAGUGUCAAGUCCGCCGGUGCCAAGGGUGACGGCUCUACCGACGACACCGCUGCCAUCCAAAAGGUCCUUGACUCGUGCACAGACGAUCAGAUUGUCUACUUCGACCACGGUGCCUACAUCAUCACUGAUACCAUCAAGGUCCCCAAGAAUAUCAAAAUCACCGGUGAAAUCUGGCCAAUGCUGAUGGCGUAUGGUGACAAGUUUUCCGACGCGGAGAAUCCCAUCCCCAUGCUCCAGGUUGGCGAGGUUGGCGAGAGCGGCUCCGUUGAAAUCAGCGACUUGAUUGUCGAGACGAAGGGCCCUGCCCCUGGCGCCAUUCUGAUUCAGUGGAACCUCAAUGCCGACUCACAAGGCUCGGCGGGUAUGUGGGAUGUUCACGCUCGCAUCGGUGGAUCCGCAGGCACUGAACUUCAGAGCAAUACCUGCACCAAGACCCCUGACCAGACCACCACCCCCAACUCCGACUGUGUUGGCGCUUUCCUCCUCUUCCACGCCACCGAGCAGUCCAGCGUUUACCUUGAGAACACCUGGUUCUGGACCGCCGACCACGAGCUGGACUUGUCAGACCACAACCAGAUCAAUAUCUACAAUGGCCGUGGAGUUCUCCUUGAGACUCAAGAGUCCGCAUGGUUGUAUGGUACCGCUUCUGAGCACAACCAGCUUUACAACUACCAAGUCUCCAACGCCAAGAAUGUCUUUAUGGGUCUCAUCCAGACUGAAACGCCCUAUUACCAGGCGAAUCCCAAUGCCCUUACCCCCUUCACUCCCAACACCACCUGGAACGACCCUGAUUUCUCCUACUGCACCACCGACUCAUGCCGCAAGGCCUGGGGUCUUCGUGUUCUCAGCAGCUCGGAGACUUAUGUUUACGGUGCGGGUCUCUACAGCUUCUUCGACAACUAUUCGCAGACCUGUCUCGACACGGAGUCCUGCCAGGAGAACAUGGUGGAAGUGGACUGCUCCGAUGUGCACAUUUAUGGUCUCAGCACCAAGGCCAGUACCAACAUGGUGACUUCGGCAAGUGGCGAAUCGCUGGUGCCUCAAGAGGGCAACGAGAGCAACUUCUGCUCGACGAUCGCGUUAUUUGAGUUCUCGUCUUCCUAG